AUGUCCAACACCAUCGCGUUAUACCCGCUGUCGAACUUUACCUUCAGUACGAAGGAGACACAAUCGGAAGAAGACCCGUCCGUGAGCGCACGGUUGCAGCGGCUACAGAACAACUAUGAGGACUACGGCAUGCGGCGUACAGUCGAGGGCGUUUUGGUUGUGCAUGACCAUGGACAUCCGCAUAUCUUAAUGUUGCAGAUUGCAAACGCUUUCUUCAAGCUGCCCGGAGACUACUUGAAGCCCGGAGAGGACGAGCUGGAAGGUUUGAAAGCUCGUCUGGACGACCGUCUUGCGCCACCGAGCUCAAGCGCCCAAUUUGAUGCCCGUCACGGGGUGGAUAAUGACUGGGAAAUUGGCGACUGCUUGGCGCAGUGGUGGAGGCCGAACUUUGAGACGUUCAUGUACCCCUUCGUCCCGGCACAUAUCACGAAGCCGAAGGAGUGCAAGAAGUUGUUCCUCGUGCAGAUGCCCGAACGGAAAGUUCUUGCUGUGCCGAAAAACAUGAAGCUCCUGGCUAUCCCAUUGUUCGAGCUGUACGACAACGCUGCGCGGUACGGUCCUCAGCUGAGCGCCAUCCCGCACUUACUCUCCCGGUACAACUUCAUCUACCAGUAG